GAUUCGAAGGGAACGCGGUUAAGGUGGCGGCCUGGGAUCGCCUAGGACGGGGGAGGCGUCUGCAGGCUCAGAAGUUGGCCGGGCGGGAGCGGAGAUUUAAAGGCUGGAGCGCAGAGGCUCUUAAAGAGGCCCGGGCGAAUUCCCAUUCGGCGUCCACUUUAAAGCCAGCUCCGCCGCGCCGAGGGUCGGACCUGGACUCCAGCGUGACGGUGUGCGAUCGAGAAGUCGGAGACGAUCGAGACCCCAGUGAGAAGGGCCUGCCCACCGCGCAGAAAGCCCCUUUCAUGGUCUGACCUACCAGCAACAUGGCGACCAGUGCCGUCCCCAGCGACAACCUCCCCACGUACAAGCUGGUGGUGGUGGGAGACGGGGGUGUGGGCAAGAGCGCCCUCACCAUCCAGUUUUUCCAGAAGAUCUUUGUGCCUGACUAUGACCCCACCAUCGAAGACUCCUACCUGAAGCAUACAGAGAUUGACAACCAGUGGGCCAUCUUAGACGUUCUGGACACAGCCGGACAGGAGGAGUUCAGCGCCAUGCGGGAGCAGUACAUGCGCACGGGGGACGGCUUCCUCAUCGUCUUCUCGGUCACGGACAAGGCCAGCUUCGAGCACGUGGACCGCUUCCACCAGCUCAUCCUGCGCGUCAAGGACAGGGAGUCAUUCCCGAUGAUCCUAGUGGCCAACAAGGUCGAUUUGAUGCAUUUGAGGAAAAUCACCAGGGAGCAAGGAAAAGAAAUGGCCACCAAACACAAUAUUCCGUACAUAGAAACCAGUGCCAAGGACCCACCUCUCAACGUCGACAGAGCCUUCCAUGACCUGGUUAGAGUAAUUAGGCAACAGAUUCCGGAAAAAAGCCAGAAGAAGAAGAAGAAAACCAAAUGGCGGGGAGACCGGGCCACUGGCACCCACAAACUGCAGUGCGUGAUAUUGUGAUGGCCCGAGGCCCUGGGCACAGUGACCGGGAACUGGCCAGCCCUUGGGACCCCUCCGCUGCCUAACCGCACUGAAGACCAUUCUAACCAUGACCCUUGGCCCGAGGACUUGACACAGGAAGGGAGAGAGGGAGGGUGGGCAGGGAGGAGGUGGAGUCUGGCCUUGCUGGAAGGGCACGGGCUGCCCUGUGUCUCAGCAGCAACCGAGAGGCGGCAGUAAACAAAGCAGCAUCCGAGUCCCUGUGUUGAUGCAGCCCGGUCCCUCCCCGCUCUUGGUGGCUGUGUUGUUUCUUUGAACUACAUAGUGUGGGUUUGAUGUGGAAGUGUUUCUCCACGUACAAAAACAAGCCAUGAUCACGCUCUCCCCCACCCCACCCCCGGUCCACAGUGUCUGAGCUUGGGUGUCUUUUGUAGAUUUUUAAAUUAUUUUAGGGAUUAUUAUUUUAUUAAAGGGGUCUGUGCCCACUGCCUGGUGAAGUUUCAAGUCUUCAGCAGACCUCUUCUAUAACAUGUCUGGAAUAUGGUUGUUUUUAAACUGAAUUUUCCCAGCCGUGCCAAAACGCAGCUCAACGUGAAAGCAGAGUGACCGAGAGACCAGAAGUUCACGGGGACCGUGGCUGGAGGCCUCGGGAGAAACAGACCCUACUCGUGGCCUACUAUAAACUGGAGAGAAGAGAGAUGUGUGUACCCAGAAGGUUUUACUGUGGUUGAGGAUAUGCAGAUAUUAGGAAACAAAAUUUUGUUUUGCUGAGGGGAGAGGCGGGCACGUCAGUUUUAAAAGGGCUUCUCAUUACCCUGGAAAUAUAUAAAUUUUAAGUAAGUUUAUUGGAGUUGCAAAAGUGUUCGUGUAUUUUUCAGGUGGUGUGGGUUAAGUUCUGUGUUCUUCGCAGCCAUGGGAGAGGGUUUUCUCCCAUCACCUGUGCUCUCUGGUGCCUCUGAUACAAACACACUGAACAGGCGUGUACAGUCUCUGCGUCGAAGUCAGCUAACACGGACACCAUCUGGAAAACUCUAGUUCGUGCUAAAUCUGAACCAAAAAUGAUCCAGUACUGUUCUUACUAAAACAGCACCAAGACCUGAAGCCAUUUUCCCUUUGAGUCAACUGACUCACUUCUUAAGCCCAAUAAAUGAGCAAAACCCCUAGAAGCAUUUGCAAACUUAGUAUUACAGGCUGCCUUUCUGGCAGGAACUUUUAUUAACCUCUUGGAUCUUAACUACACUAUAUAAGUGGAGGAGAAAGAAAGGUUGGGGUGACGACAUGGCUCCCACACACCUGUUUCUACAAGGGGCCAGCCCCCUAGCUUCCUGACGACGUCCACCUGCCUCUCAGGUGCUGCUGGUGUGAGCCAGACCGGGGCGGGGUGGAUGGACAGCGCACCCUGGAGAGAAAGUCAAAAGAUGAGGCGGCCGGCUAGUGACCUUAGUUUCCAUCUGUUACAAAUCAGGCCACCAAGCAAACUAGAAUAUCCCUAGUGAGUGGCCUGGCCACCAUUUGGAGAAAGAAACCCGGGGAAAGUGAACACUCAGCUGGACAUCGAGACAACUGGAUUCUUCCCUAGUUUUGAAAAUGUGCUGAGUUCCUAAUUCAGCAAGAUCACCAGCAACGUGGUGGAAGGGGAGCACAGCCAAAGAGUGAUUCUGAUGCCGGAAACAACAGAUGGGACUUCUGUUUGUUGGAAAAUCAAACUUCUUUGUCUAAAUGGCCCUUUUUUUCUGACCCUGAAAGGAAGGAUAACAAAGAAUAUUCCAGAUCAGGCACUUCAGAGCUUCCCAAGAUCCUGUAAAGUUAAUGGGCCUUCUAAACACUAACAGGACAAGGCUCUUUCCAACGAUACGCUCCUCUGAGCCACACCCUAGCAGCCCGGGUGCAGCUGGGUGGCAGCUGCAAACUGGAGAUGAGGAAGAGGCAAGACAGCGGGAAGGAGGAAGGAUGGAGAUGCGGUGAUGGAGGGGGUGGAGGAGCAGGACAGGAAGCCCUGCACACGGGGCAGCGUCCACUUCAGGAAGGUCCCGGGCACGGACCGCCACCAGCACCCCUGCCACUGUGGAGCCUGCAGCUCCCUGACGGCAUGGGACGGGGAGGCUUGUUGGAAACAGAUCAGUGGGCUUAGAACGAAGCCCUUAGCUGUGAAUGUAACCAGACAAAGGGAUUCCAGCUGCUUCUAGGCCCUCCACCCAACAGGGCAGCGCAUCUGCCCCACCCCCGGCCCCAUCUUCCAGGACAUCUCUCCUGCACUCAGCCCACAAUGCCGGAGGGAGAAACUGGGUAAGGGAUGGCCUUCUGCAGCCUCCCUGUUGAGCUAAUGGUCAGCCUUCAUCUCCCAUGACCUCAUUUUCCCCAUAGGUGAGGUGGGUAAAUAACACUUUUAAAAGGCAGUUCUUUGCAUUUUAGAGAAAUGUGGACGCUUGUGGCAGUGGCGGCUUCUGGAUAGGCCUGAGUGGCGCAUACCCAAGGGCAUCCCCGGUACAUGGUCACCUGGCAGGCUCAGUCUGGAAAACCAGUUGGCCAUGCUACUUCCUGACUGUGGAGCCCAAUGGGAUUUGUGUCUUUGGUGGCAUUCUGGUGUUCCCACUGGUUUUCCAUCUGAAUAGUGCUCCCUUCAUGCCCCCUGGAGCACACCCUUCCUGAAAUCCUCUCACCCCAUGCCUUUGCCACUGUGUGCUCUCAGAUUUCCUUCUAACAUUCUUGCACCCCUCCCCACUUAGAGGACUCUUUUUCUCCCCAGCAAGUAAUCCUAGCCAUCCUCUCCACCCCCAACCUGGGGUGAUGGCCACUGACUUUCCCUCACAGGGGACACUUGGAUGGCUUCUGUUAGGACUUUGCCCCCCAUCUUCUUGUGGAGAAUGUCUGUCAGCCUGGUGCGGCCUGCUUCACGUUCCUAGGAAGAGUGACCCACUAACAUGUGGCAGCUCUAACCCAAAGGCCCCUCGGACGUGUUACAGAAAAUCUGGAGCCAGAGACAGUUUCCCUCCAUUCGCAGCCCAUUGGAUUAGAAAGUCCGUGUCAGGUUUACUUAGAAUGAAAGAUACUUGAAUUACUGAGCGCCCGUGAGCGCCCAGCUUGUGUUACACAGUGUUAGCUAUUGUCUACACAGGUGGCCAUUGUCGUGAAAUGAGAGUGAUGCCUGAAGAUCUCAAUGAUGCUUGAGCCUUUUAUGUAACUUUUAUUAAGUCUUUGUGUAUCCCAACUCAUUAAUAAAGAAAAGAAGAGGAACA